AUGAGCGAUUUCUUUGCCUAAUAUAAAAGUGAAAUUUCUCAGCAAAAUUAAAGUGGAUUCGGCAGUUUUAAUGACAAGUAAUGAACUUGAUGAUUAAUACCCAUUAGUUUAGGAGCGAGUUUUGGCAAAUUGAAUUAGGACAAUCAAAGUUUUGGUGGAAAUGGAGGGGGAAGUUUUGCAUAGAAUUCAGGGUUUAUUGUGUAAAAUGAGUAAUAUCGAUCUUCUGUUGGUUUAGAAGAUGUGGUUGCUCCAAUUUAAAUCUAAGAAUAUUAAGAACCUUAAAUAUAAAAGGGAGUAUUUUUUAGGAGCAGUGGCGAUUUCGAGAUGCAGUUUGAAGAGAUUGGAAUUGACAGAUUGAAUAUACAACCUAAAAUUUAAGAGGAUUCUAAAGAACACAAGGCGCCAUCAUUUGAUAGUGGAAUGAAAAGCAGCUAAUAAUCAUCUCAUGAAUUCGACAUCAAAAUAGGUAGAUUGCUCAUCUAAAGUUUGUUUAGAAUCAGGCGAGUAGAUAAGUUCAAAGUUCAAACCCGAAGUUAAACUACUUUUAAACUCCAACAUUAUUUAGGAGAAUAAGAAUUUGUUUAAUGUGAAUCAAGCCAAGAGCAUAUAUACAAAUAAGAUUACUCAAUUGGUUGAAUAGACCUAAAAGAAAGUUGAUUUUGCUACCAAAUCAUCCCCCAGAUUGUCGUAAUAUAUGAAAAUUAUAUCAAUAGGAAGAGUCAACAAAAACUUCAGAGAAAAUCACCCAUAAUUUCAAGGGAUCAUUUCGAUGUUUCCUCCAAUGAGUUAUAGUCAAGUCAAAUGAGUCCUGAUGGUAACAUGGACCCUGUACAGUAAAAGUUGGCCAAGAAUAGAGAAUCAGCGAGAAAUUCAAGAGCAAGAAAGAAAAUUUAUUAUGAAUUAUUGGAAACCAAAGUGAAGGAGCUUUAGGAUGAGUUGGACAAAGUAAAAGAAUCAAAUCGAAACCAAACAAAAUACACUGAAAUUUGCAACAAAUUUUAAGAGAAAGUAUAUUAAUUUGCAAAAUCUAGUUUUAAACUUUUUUGGAUUAAUAAUAAUAAUUAUUUGAUAAAUUAGAAACUUGUUUACUCAAAAAUAAGGAUAAUUUUGAAAUAGCAAUGGUCCUAGAUGCCUUGAGAUAUAGAACCAAUUCUAACAGUUAAGAGAGAAAUGAGGCUGCUAGACAAUACUUUGACUCCAUGGUUGAAGUGUGUUUGCCAAUAUAAACCAAAUACCUUAUUUAUGCAUUAGAACAAGACAAAGAUUUCUUUGCAUAACAACCUGAGUACUAAAGAUCUUAUAUUAGUGAUUAUACUGACUGGAUGAAGGAUGUAUUUAAGAAGACCGAAAUAAAGCCAGAGCAGAUUGUUAAAGUAAAGAAAAUGAAAUCUAAAUUGUAAAGUGUCAGAAAUACAAUAUCUGAGUAAAUUUAUCAUUCUAGCCAUUCUAGUUCUAUAUAGAACAUUAAAGUUCAACUAAAAAUAAUACAAGGUGAAGCCAACAAGGUGGAUUAAAUGUGGGAACAACUGAAGGAGUGCCUGACUCCUGUAUAAUUGGGCACUUGUCUUUUGGCUAUGAAAUAAGUAAUCACAAUAAUUAAUUAUUAGAAUGCUUUUCGUUAAGAGCUUUAAACAUCCUCAAUAUUUUUAUAGUUAAAGAAUUCUUAAAUGGUAAUACUCCUCAUUUAUUAAACUAGUCUGAAGAAGAUGAUAACUUGAUCAGGUCAGAUUAAUCAUCUAUUCCCAACAAUAGGAAACUUGUCAAAAAAUCUAUGUAAGGAUGA